UAUAUACACAUCGUUCUCUAAUGGCAUAUUCUGUCUCUUAAUCAUCGCCAUGUCCUCCACUCUCAUCCUUCUCUUCUCUCUCUUCCUCUUAGCCUUUCCCUCCACCUCCUCCCGUCCCCACCAUCACCACCACAACUCUCCUCCGCUCAAUCCCUCCUCGUCUACUGCCUCUCAGAUCCGUCUCGCCUGCAACGCAACUCGUUACCCCGACCAAUGCCUCUCUUCACUAUCCCAACCAGGUCUUGUCCCUCCGGAUCCCACCCCACCUCAGAUCAUCCACUCAGCGAUCUCCGUCUCUUUCAAAAACCUCGAAACAGCUCAGUCCAAACUCAAGUCUAUCCUGGACGCGUCCGUAGGUAACCUAAACCGCACCAACGCCGCGAACACGUGCCUCGAGCUGCUCUCUUACUCCAAACGCCGCACCCUAUCGGCGGAUCACGCUCUGACACGUGGCCGAAUCAAAGACGCUCGCGCUUGGAUGAGCGCUGCUCUCGUUUACCAAUACGACACAUGGUCAGCGCUCAAGUACGUCAACGACACAACCCAAGUCGGAGAAACGAUGUCGUUUCUCGACGGAGGGCUCCUCCACGUCACCAGUAACGCGCUCGGCAUGAUGGUAUCGUACGAUAACUUCGGAGACAAGUUAGCGUCGUGGACUCCUCCAAGAACGGAGAGGGACGGGUUCUGGGAGAAGACUGGGCCGGGUAUGGGCUCGGAUCCGGGUACUUUGGGUUUCCCUUCCGGUUUAAAAGAAGACGUCACGGUCUGCAAAACCGGGAAAUGCCGUUACAAGACGGUUCAAGAGGCCGUUAACGCGGCGCCUGAUAACAACGGAGUGCGCAAGUUUGUUAUAAAGAUUAGCGAAGGAGUGUAUGAAGAGACCGUUAGGGUUCCGUUUGAGAAGAAGAACGUGGUCUUCAUCGGAGACGGCGUGGGCAAAACGGUCAUUACAGGAUCUUUGAACGCCAGGAUGCCCGGGAUGAGCACGUUCAAAUCUGCAACUGUCGGAGUCAUGGGAGAUGGUUUCAUGGCUCGUGAUAUAACGUUCCAAAACGCGGCGGGACCAGAGGGUCACCAAGCGGUUGCGUUUAGAUCCGACAGCGACUUCUCUCUGCUUGAGAACUGUGAGUUCCUUGGGAACCAAGACACACUCUAUGCACAUGGUCUCCGUCAGUUUUACAAAAAAUGCCGUAUCCAAGGGAACAUUGACUUUAUCUUUGGAAACUCAGCUUCAGUUUUCCAAGACUGUGAGAUCCUUAUCGCGCCGCGUCAAGUGAACCCCGAAAAGGGCGAGAAAAACGCUGUCACUGCACAUGGAAGAAUUGACCCGACGCAGUCAACGGGAUUCGUGUUCGUGAACUGUUUGAUAAACGGGACGGAGGAGUACAUGAAACUGUAUAAAGCUAACCCUAAGGUGCAUAUAAACUUCUUGGGGAGACCGUGGAAAGAGUUCUCGAGGACUGUCUUUAUAGGCAGCAAUAUGGAGGCUUUGAUAUCUCCUGAUGGUUGGUCACCGUGGGGCGGGGAUUUUGCUCUUCAGACGCUGUAUUAUGGAGAGUCUAAGAACACGGGUUUGGGAUCAGAUAGGUCACGGAGGGUUUCGUGGAGCAGCGAGAUACCAGAAGAGCAUGUUCAUGCGUACUCGGUGGCUAACUUUAUUCAAGCUGAUGAGUGGGCUUUGAUGUCUGGUUGAAUCGAGUCAGGAAUAAAGGAAAGGCUUUAAAAGAAGUUUAACCAUUGUACUUUAGUUGAGAACAUUUAUAACACGACCCAAAAAUAUAAAACUUUGUAUUCAUGUUAGUUUAUAUUAAUUGAAAGUUUAGAACA